CCUCUGUGCUCUCUCUCUCUUCACGUGCACUCCCUCCGCCUGGGGCUCGGGACGGCGGCGGUGAUGGCGGUGGUGGCGGAGGAGGAGGUGAUCAUCGUGGGCGCCGGGCAGUCGGGCAUCGCGGUGGCGGCGUGCCUGUCCCUGCGCGGCGUGCGGAGCCUGGUCCUGGAGCGCGACGACUGCGUGGGGUCGCUGUGGCGGAAGCGCGCCUACGACCGCCUCCACCUCCACCUCGCCAAGAAGUACUGCGCGCUGCCGCACCUGCCGCACCCGGACGAGGCCCCCACCUACCUGCCCCGCGACGACUUCGCCCGCUACCUCGACGGCUACGCCGCGAGGUUCGCCGUCCGCACGCGCCUCCGCCGCGAGGUCCGGUCGGCGCGGUUCGACGCGGGGAGCGGGCGGUGGGAGGUCGAGGCCGUCGACCUCGCCACGGGCCGGCCCGAGGCAUACGCGGCGCGGUUCCUGGUCGUGGCGUCCGGGGAGAACGACGAGAAGUUCGUGCCCGAGGUGCCCGGGCUGGAGGCGUUCCCGGGCCCGGUGGUGCACGCCGCCGAGUACCGGUCGGCCGAGGGGAUGCGCGGGAAGGCCGUGCUCGUCGUCGGGUGCGGCAACUCCGGCAUGGAGAUCGCCUACGACCUGGCCGCCGCCGGCGCCGUCACCUCCAUCGCCGUCCGCAGCGAGCUUCACCUGGUGAGCAAGGAGAUCUGGAACGUGGCGAUGGCGCUGUACGGGUACCACGUCCCGGCGUGGGUCAUCGACAAGUUGGUGCUGCUCAUGUGCGCCGUCGUGUUCGGCGACACCGCCCGGCACGGCCUCCGCCGCCCCGCCGUGGGGCCCUUCACCUUGAAGCUCACCACCCCGGCCUACCCCGUCUUCGACGUCGGCACCUACGCCAAGAUCCGGAGCGGCGAGGUCCGCGUCCUCCCCGCCGCCGUCAAGAGCGUCCGCGGCAACGUCGUCGAGUUCGCCGACGGGGGGCGCCACCCCUUCGACGCCAUCGUCCUCGCCACCGGCUACCGGAGCACCGUCCGGCGCUGGCUCAAGAGCGAGGACGGGCUGAUCGGCGACGACGGGAUGGCGGCGCGGGGCUACCCGGAGCACUGGAAGGGGGCGAACGGGCUGUACUGCGCGGGGAUGGUGCGGAGGGGCAUCUACGGCAGCUGCGAGGACGCCGAGCUCAUCGCCGGCGACAUCAGCGAGCUGCUGCUGCGACCCAAGCAGCAGGACCAGGGCGACGCCGCCGCCGCCGCCGCCCACACCAACGGCUCCUAGUAGCUAGGUCAUCGAGCACUCGUGACCAUCGGAUGCGUGGGCGACGGCGGCUGCCGUCACCUCGCCGGCUCGCCGACGGUCGUACUUAUAUUUAUACUCCUAGUAGUUGCUUGUGACAUGUGGAUGCUGCGAGCUGCCCACCAAAAAAGAUGGGAGAAACAGCAACAAGACGCUGUCCAAGAUCGGUCGGUUAGGACGACGAUGCUGUCGAUCUGGAGUGGAAGCAAUCAAAGAUUUGUUGCAUUUCGUAAUGAUUAUAUGUGAAUAAAUCUGCUUGUUGAUUCGGCCA